AUGGCGGACGAUCUAGAGCAGAGUGCACGUCCUGACCGUCCACGGGGUCGAUCAAUGUACGAGUUUGUUGUGGAUGAUUCUAACCUAGAAAUGGGCGCUUCUCCCAAAGGGGCCCCUAAAAUACCAGUUCGAGGGGAACGUCAACACACCCAAAUGAUCCGCCUUUUUGUGGCUGGUUUGACAAUUAUGUGUAUGAUAGUUUUUGGUGCCAUUGUUUUCACCAAUAAGACAGAAGGUGGUCAACCUGCUACGGCGGUACACACAGGGAGUACUUAUGAUAGUGGGUUCAAUAUGAAGCAAAACUGGGGAGCCUACUCUCCCUAUUUCGACACGGGUAAGCCUUUCAAUGGUAUUUCAGAGAACAGUUUGCAGGGAAUUCAUACCCUUCCCGAAACAUGCUCCUACAAGCAGGUCCAUAUCCUGCAUCGCCAUGGCGAUAGGUACCCUGCUGGUGGAACCGCGGAUAAGAUAGAGGUGGUUGCAGAGAAAUUGAAGGCCAUGAGCAAAGAGCCUCACAAAAAGCUGGCAUGGUUAAAAGACUGGGAAUAUGCUUUGGGACGUGAGCUCCUGGUUUCCGCCGGCGUUGCUACACUAUUUACCUCAGGGAGCAAGUUCUGGGGUUCGCACGGCCAACUACUGUACAACACCAGCAAUACUUCUUGGAGUUCAGGCCUCAACAAGUUCCCAGACGGCUCUUCGCGUCCCAAGCCUUUGCUGAGAGCCACCACUCAGUAUCGGAUCGAGGAGUCUGCCAGGGCGUGGGCAGCUGGGUUCUUUGGUACUUAUGGUCAUCCCGCUACUGACCCAGAUACCCGCAAAGAGUACGAUCUAGUUCUUCAGGUUGAAGAGAUGGGAUACAACAACUCUUUGGCAGGGUACUUUGCGUGCCCAAAUGCCGAAGCCAAGAACGCCGAGUCAGGCUCGAAACGUAAGUGGAAGUGGGUUGAUCAUUACUUGAAGGAUGCUGCCAAACGGCUCCAAACCUUGCUUCCUGGGUAUGAAGAUUUUGGGCCUCGUGAUGCACUUGCCUUCCAGGAUCUCUGCACGUUUGAGACAGCGGCCUAUGGCUCGUCGCCCUUCUGCGAGCUGUUCACUGAAACAGAAUGGCGUGGAUUCGAGUACCACCUGGAUCUCAUGUUUUACGGUGAAAGUGGUUGGGGCAGUCACGUCGGUCCUGCAACAGGACUAGCAUGGCUCGAAGAGCUGCACGCUCGUUUGACCCGUCAGCUCAUCUCGGAGAGUCACAAUGGUGUAAACACUACAUUGACGAGCGCCGAGUCUACGUUCCCUCUUGACCAGCCGUUCUAUGCUGAUUUCACUCAUGACAGUGUCAUUGUCUCGGUGCUUUCCGCGCUUCAGUUCGAGUGGAUCAAAAAGGAUCUCUCGCCCAAGAAGAUCAAGGUGCCCAGGCAGUUUAUUUUGUCCAGGCUCACCCCAUUUGGUGCUCGUCUUUAUGUUGAAAUUCUCAGCUGUGACAAGAGCGAUAUGGUGCGUCUGAAACUGAACGAUAGAGUACUCAACCUGGGUGAUCUCAAGUACUGCUCCAAUGACUCGAGUGGUUUGUGCUCGCUCGCGGACUUUAUCAAGAGUCUCGAAAGUGCUAUCAGCUCAAUUGAUUUUGAAGACGUCUGCUACGCCGAGCACGACUGGGAAACCCCCAAGUUCGAUUAA